UACUCCGUACUCUGCUUUAUUCUCAUUUCGCAAUGAAAUCGUGCUGCUGCACGAUUUCAUUUCUCUCUCUCAUCAGUUCGCCGGCGUCCACCGAAGUGUAGUACAGAAGCUUUCACCUCCGACGACGUGUCCAGAACUGAGCUUGGAAAUGGGAUUUUGCUGAAAGGUGUAUCAAUCACCUGGCUUAACAAAACUGAUUAGGUUUAUCACUUUCAUGGACCUGAUAUGAUGGAUUCAAAAGAAGCAGCCUCAUCACAAAUUGGGAUUGGGAAUGACAAAGAACUGAUAGUUCAUGAAUGGGAGAUUGCAUUCCCAUCCGCAUUCUCUCCAUCGGUGACAUCUAUGAGCUGGUAUGCAUAUUUGAAGUAUGCUAUAAGCAUAUUCAACAUUCGGGCUGUUUCAAGUGAUGAGAAUGUAACAGUUCCGUCUUUGAAGUUCAAUGAUCAGUAUCUCACUUCUUUUGAAGAUUUAGAAAGGUCAUUUCCUGUAGCAAAUGUGCAUGAUGACUCCUUGAUCCGAAGAUGCAUCACAGAUGUGGAAAAUGCAGUAUUGUGGACCUUGUACUAUUUUUAUUUAGAAGAUCUCAACCACGUCCCUCAGAUGAAUGAUUUUAAACAGCUGACGCAACAUCUUUCAGAGCCAAUUGCAUCUCAUAACAGUGCUAUUGCGGAGAAGAUGCCCAAGAUACUUUCCCAAGCUGAGGCAGCAUUCCAAAGGCUAGCAUUGAGACUAUCUGAUUCAUCAUAUUUGUUUCAGGAUCAGGAAAACUCCCCUUCUGUGUAUGAUGCAAAAUUAGUGGCAUCUACCUCAAUCAUAUUGAAAACCUUGGCAGAUUCUCAACUACACCGGGUAUUCCUAAAGUACUCCAAUAUUGUUGGACAUGUUGAGAGAUUUUAUUCACUUCUUGUUGAUGACGCACCAGUGGAUUUUUCGAAUGUCAUUUCUGACAUAUUACUUGAGAAGAUUGAGGUGAUGGGAGACUUAGUUGGAGAAGGACAGUAUGCAAGGAUAUAUGCGUAUACGGUAGAGGAGGAGGAUCCUAUGCGGUUGCCACCAGGACGUUAUGCCUUCAAAAUUAACCGUCGGGGCUACUACAUCAACGUGAAGGGGGAGAUUGAUUUCAGGACGUGGUAUAGGUUUUUAUAUGGAGACAGGGUGCUCAGGUUGAUAGGCCAUGGGUCUGAUGAUGUUUCUAAACGAGCUUGCUUGGUUACGGAGUACAUCACUGGUGGUACCCUCCAGCAGCGGUUACACGAUUUGGGCUUGCGCUCAAUUGUGAAAGUCUUACACGGCAUAGCCUUCGGAUUGCAUUUGAUUCAUUCCCACAUUCCUGAUUCACUUAUUCAUGGCGAUCUUAAACCGGACAACGUUUUGUUAAAAGGUGAUAAGGCAUUAUUGUGCGACUUUGGCACAAUCACAUCUGUUGGUGAGAGGCGUAAACGGUCAGAUCCUGUUUAUGAUGAUUCUUAUUGGGGUGGCAUCGAUUGCACCAAGGUUGAAAUUUACUUUAUAGGAGUUCUAGUUUUUGAAAUGAUGACCAAGAUUCCAGUUGAACGCAUAAAAAAUGAUCCACUUAUUGAUAGAGUCAAUAGGCUGAUUCCUGAUUCAAAUACUUGUGAAGAUCAAAUCCAGGAGUACCUGCUCGUCCAACCUGAGUACAAUAGAUAUUUAGUAGCACAACUUAUAGAUUUGGGGAAAAAAUGUAUUUGCAAAAACAGGGGUGAACGUCCCGCUGCUUUCCAAGUGGCUGACGAGUUGCAUAGGUUAAUGAUUAGCGACUAUUAGUCAGUAGUUUAGUACUGAUGUGAUGUAAAGGGCAUAUAGUUUAGUACUUCUAAUUCAUGUACUUAUGGAUCAUGUUGGUAAAAAACUGGCUGGAUGAAUAUGGAAAAUGGGGUUAG